AGACGGCACCAUUUGAAGACAUACAGAGACUGUUUUAUUGGGUCUGAUGCUGUCGAUGUAGUAUUAACUCAUCUUAUGCAAAAUAUGUAUCUAAGUAGCACUGACAUCUCUCGCCGUAAAGGAAUUCAUCUUUGCCAAAUUCUAAUGAAUCAUAAAGUAUUUGAACCAGUAGGAGUGAAGCUAUUCAAAAGUGAAAAGCAUUUGGAAUUUGAAGAUUCAAAUAGCAGUCUUUACCGGUUUCUAAGAAGAAAAUCUUCUCUUGUUUUUUGCAAAGGAGGAAAAGAUGCAGAGAAUGGGCUAAUUCAUGAGACGAAAGCAAAAGUGCCCUCAAGAACAGAAGAUGAAAUGAUUUCAAAUCCUUUAGCACAAGAAAUUAAUGAGGAAAUUUGUGAGGGACCUAUCCACACACUCCGUGGGUCUCCAGCUUUAUCUCCCCAAAUCAGAGUGAGCAAGCCUGUCCUCCAGCUUUCUACAAAAGCUGUGGAAGAUGUUUGGAAAGAACAAACAUUGUUACGGAUUCUCCAACUGAUUGACCUUCCCUUCUUGGAAAAUAUUUUGGCACCUCCAGUUCAACCUCCAGCUCUCCAGUUCAGGAAAGAAGAGGAUCUUGUUAUUUCAAACACUUGCCUCGACAGAGAGGUUAUUCCACACUUAUGGCUGCCUGAGAUUGAUAAUUGGCUCAAUGCAGCAAUUGAAUGCUUGGAAUAUUUCCCCGACCAGCUGAUAGUUACGGUCAGUCAGCAGAUACUACAAAACACACAUAAAGAGACAAAACUGAAUAUUCAGAAGAAAAUACUGUUUGAUGUCAUAGUAAAAUAUUAUAAUCAAGGGAAAGAUUGCCUGUUAACUGAUGAAUAUUUCGAUGUUCAUUCAGGAAUUAUUGAACUUCUAGAAAAUGGGAAGAGAACAGAAGCGCUGGAAGCAACCCAGCUGUAUCUGAGGUUAGUGUCACCCGCUGUUAGGGAAGAAUUACGGCGGCUACUUACUUUUAUGGCUGUUGCAUCAGAACCUCAUGCCUACCAGCUCCAAAAACAGUGUGACAACACAACAGUCAUCCUGAAAACUCUUACCAAAGCACUUGUGCAAAGCAGAUCGUUAUUAAGAGUGCAGACGGAACAACUAGCCCACUUUCUACUGGAGCAUCACUCUGAGCUCUUCAAGACACCUGUUACAUUAUUGGAGCUGGUUAGUAAGAAACUGAAGAAGCUUCAUCAGGGAGAAGAUCCAGAUGCCACAGCAGGUACAACAUUCAAACAGACUUCUUUCUCAUUAAGUGACUGAGAGAGUCAGACUUCACAUUUUGCAACCGUUUGACAAACCAGGAGUUUGAAACUGAAAAGGAAAGGACAGCCAAGUAUCUC